GGGAGCUCCUGGCAGCCACCAUGAAGGGCCUCAACCUGCUCUGCUGCUGCGUGGCCUCGCUCCUGCUCCUCAGCACUGCAGAGCUGCAUGCCCCUGGCACGGACCAUGUUGGCAGCGCUGCCGAAAGCCCCUUGCCGGCUGCAGAGCCCAGGCUGGAGGAGAAGGCAGCUGAUGGCAGCCCUGAGGAGGACCAAGAUGGUGGCCCAGCCAACACCUCCUUGCGCGGCGCCGCCGAGGAGGGACAUGGUGAGGGGGAGGAAGAGCCAGCAGGUGGCCUGAGCAGGGACCUGGGGCCAGGGGAUGGCCAGCCAGAGGACACCACCAUGGAGAAGGGCCAGGAUGGGCCCAGCAAGGUGCAGGGCCCAGGGGAGAAUGCCAUGUUGGGUGCCCCCGAGGCCGCACAUCAUGAAGGGAACCACCAGCCUGGCUCACAAGAUGGCUUCCAUGCCUGGGAGGAUGAGGAACCCAGCACCAAGAAAGGAGCCUCUGAGAAGCAAGGGCAGCCUGGGGAAGAGAAAAUGGAGGAGCCAAGAGCAGUGUCUGCUCCUGACGGGGGAGAGGAAGGGGGCAAGCAGAGCUCAGAGGAAGGUGAUGAGGACGGGGAGUCUGAGGAAGAUGAACAUGGUGAGUCUGAGGAAGAUGGAGGUGAGGGAGAUUCUGAGGAGGAGGGAGAGUCUAAGGAGGAGGAAGAGUCUGAGGAAGAUGAUGCUGGGCCAGCAGGGCCAGAGGAUGGAGCUGAAGGGAGUGACAAGGAAGCGGCUGAUGCUGCCAGCAAAAAUGGCCAUGGCAAACCAACAGCUGCUGGCAAGGGAGAAGGUAGGGAUGGCCCUGCCAGCUGCCAUCACUCACCCUGCAGUGAUGCAGCACAAGACCCUGCAGCAGUGAUGGAAGUCCCACCGGCAGCAGAAGAUCCGGCAGUGGUGGGAGACUCACCACCAGCAGAAGACCCACCGGCAGUGGUGGGAGACCCACCAGCAGCAGAAGACCCCCCUGCAGACAAGCCAUUGCUGGCAGAAACAGAGAGCCCACCAGGCCACAGCACCCACCCUGCUGCCACCGAACCCAGGCACGGCCAGAUAGAAGAGGUUGAAGAUGCCAGCGAGCCAACCAAGCGUGACCGGUCCCACUUGGAGAGCACCCUCAAGCUGAACGAGGACAAACCUGCUGAUGAUUUCUCAGGAAUACUGCAGCGGCUGAGGAAGAUCUACCACUCCUCCAUCAAGCCCCUGGAGCAGUCCUAUAGGUACAACGAGCUGAGACAGCAUGAGAUCACAGCUUACCCCGGACGCACCCUGGGCUCCUCCGCCACAGAUGGGGAGAUCACUUCCAAGCCAAUGGUGCUAUUCCUGGGACCGUGGAGUGUCGGCAAAUCUUCCAUGAUAAACUACCUCCUCGGGCUGGAUGACACGCCCUACCAGCUAUACACAGGGGCAGAACCCACCACUUCCGAAUUCACUGUCAUCAUGCAUGGCCCCAAGCUGAAGACCAUCGAGGGCAUUGUGAUGGCUGCUGACAGCGCCCGCUCCUUCUCACCCCUGGAGAAGUUUGGGCAGAACUUCUUGGAGAAGCUGAUAGGGAUUGAGGUGCCCCACAAACUGCUGGAGAGAGUCACCUUCGUGGACACGCCAGGCAUCAUUGAAAACCGCAAGCAGCAAGAACGAGGUUACCCUUUCAACGAUGUGUGUCAGUGGUUCAUUGACAGAGCUGAUCUCAUCUUUGUUGUCUUUGACCCUACGAAGCUGGAUGUGGGCUUGGAGCUGGAGAUGCUCUUUCGCCAGCUAAAGGGCCGUGAGUCUCAGAUCCGAAUCAUCUUGAACAAAGCUGACAGCCUGGCUACUCAGGAGCUCAUGAGAGUCUACGGUGCCUUAUUCUGGAGUUUGGCUCCUCUCAUCAAUGUCACAGAGCCGCCCAGAGUGUAUGUUAGCUCCUUCUGGCCCCAGGAGUACCAGCCAGAUACCCACAAAGACCUGUUCCUCAAAGAAGAGAUAUCGCUUCUGGAAGAUCUCAACCAGGUGAUAGAGAACAGGAUGGAAAAUAAGAUUGCCUUCAUACGCCAGCACGCCAUCCGGGUUCGCAUCCAUGCCCUUUUGGUCGAUCGCUAUCUGCAGACCUACAAGGACAAAAUGACCUUCUUUAGUGAUGGAGAACUGGUGUUCAGGGACAUUGUGGAGGAUCCUGACAAGUUCUUUAUCUUUAAGUCCAUUCUGGCAAAGACCAAUGUCAGCAAAUUUGACCUCCCCAACCGUGAGGCUUACAAGGACUUCUUUGGCAUCAACCCCAUCACUAGUUUUAAGCUGCUGUCUCAGCAGUGUUCCUACAUGGGAGGAUGUUUCCUAGAGAAGAUUGAGAAGGCCAUCGCUCGCGAGCUUCCCGAUCUCUUGGGAAGCAUUGGCUUGGGGAAGAAACCCAACAUUCUCUCCUGCGACAUCACUGGCUGUGGUGAAACCCCAAAGAAUCGCUACAGGAAACCCUAAGGUGUUCUGUGAUAUAACCGUCCACGUGUUCCUACCAGUGAAUGAGCUUAUGUCUUAUCUGUCUAAGAAGCCAUGGUCUGUUAACCCUUGAGUGCCACACUGGCAAAGGCUACUGUAUGAUGAGGACUUUGAGUCAUUGAUAUCGAUGGCAGGGGAAGAUGGGUGGGCAUAAGAAAGAGAAUAAAAACUGUGAAUUCCUGACAUUUUAUCUUCGUUCUUUCAAGUAGAAGGCAAUGUUUAAGCUGUAAGUAUGAGCAAUGCACGGUGAGCUAGAACUGUAGCUGCUUUUUCUGAGAUUUUUAUGUCACCCAGUGAGUUCUCCUUUUGCAUAACAGCUGAGUUGAACUUCUGCAGCCUUCAUCUGGGUGAUCACCUUAAGAAGGGGCUUUUGCAGCAGCAUUUGGAGCUCCAGACAGGUAGAUAUGAUGGGAUUUGCAAGUCCAUGUCAGAGGAAGAAUUGGGCUGGAAAGGAGCUGCCAGCACUGGUUGAGCUGUGCUGGAGGAGGAGGGCCAGCACCCCAAAUCACACAGUUCCACAAGGAGCUAUGAGCAGGUUUUCCUCCCCCUGGGCCAGCACAGGGACGGGGUGCUUGGUGCCCACGUAUGCCAUCAACCUCAAAAACCCACACUAGCAAGUCAAGCCUGAGAAGGGCUCCAAGGGUUAAGGAUUUGGCAGUUUGACCUUGUUCAAGUCUCUGUUGCUGUUUUGUAAGUCAGAUCCCCAUGUUUUUGUGCUCUGGAGAGUGAGGCAGGAACAGGGGGUCACUAGCUGCAUCCUUUUUGUCCCUCUGCUGAUCUGUUCUCCCUAGGACAACCCAAGCAGAUAUCUCUGGCUUGUUCACCACACUUCCCGUUUUAGCCACAAUUUUGGUUGGCUCAUCUCUGUGCAUCGGUGCUCAGUCCUGGGAGGAGAAGGAGUAUUCCUUUGGAAGAACCUCAGCAGGGUGAGGUUCCCCACAGACAGCUGACCUUGAAACCUGGCAGUGAAAGACAGGAUUAGGGGUGCCCUCACCACUUGGCCCUCAUGGCCAGCACGGCUGGCAGCCGAGCUGUGCACAAACCAGUCAAGAGGGAGAUGUUGCUUUGGAUGGAGACUGGUGCCUUUGAGCCCACAGUGACCCGCUGAACAUCCUUUUUCCUUCCUCCUGCCAAAUGACCACAGCUAAUGCUGCUCUCCAGGAAACCUCUGGAGGAGAGGAACUUACCAUUGACAAGAACAGGAAGAUGUGGAGGUGCCAUGAGGCAAGAAAAAGGCAAAGGGAAUGAAAGAGGGAAAGAGAAAGCUGGGAAUGGAAGGCUCUGUUGUGAUCGGAAGGGUGUGAAAGGCAGUGCCCCUCAUCUCCACAUGCCCAACAGGACAUGGCUAAGGAGACAGGAGGUCUGUGGGAGCUCCACAUCCCCUGGCACUGCAGCCCAGCACUGUGAAGAAGAGGUCCCCUUGAGUCCAGGUGAGUUUGGGGGAACACUGCCCUGGGGACUUCCAUGCUCCUUGCCUCUGCUUUGAGGUAGGACUCUGCCUUUGAACUAAUGAAGAAAAGACCCAAAUCUAUGUCCGAACAUGGGAAGGGGCAUGGCUCAUGCAGAGGGAUUUUGCCUGCGGCGUAGAGGGGACCAGAGGCACGAGUGAAGGCAAGCAGAGUGUCAGAGACAGCAGCAGCCAGAACAGCCUGGACAGAAGUGAUGUGUUCGUGAGUCAGCGCCAUGAGGUCUCAAACCUGCCCCAGAGCUUCUGCCUUCCCCCGCUGCUGUUCCUUCUUCUUUCUUGUACACGAUCCUGUUGCUCAUCGGCAUCUCUCUCUGCCUCAUCCACUCCUCCUCACCUCUCGCUCUCCUCCGCUAGGCUCAUCUGCUUGGUUUUCUUAAGAGCUAAUGGAAUAGAAACACCAACAGAAAUGGGCCAAUAUUGCCACUACUCCUGCCGUCACACUCUGUGUCACUGUCAUGGCAAGCAAAGGCCAUCAAGCGUUUCUAUUUGCAAGCGCUGUAUCAUGCCAUCUCUUUGCUUGCUGCCUUGUCCCCCCAAAGCCCGUGGGCUCUGCGGUACCCAGGGAAAGGCCCCCCCCAUCCCAGGAAGGAGCCCUGACUCUUCCUUAUGGCCUUGAAUGUGAAGGCACUGUCACUCUUCUCUCAGGCUGCUCCCAUCGUUCCCUCCAUCCCUUCCCUGUUUUCCUUUUAUUUUGCUUUAUUCUCCAGCACUCAAUGCCUUUCCUCUUCCCUUCAGUACCUGCAUGCCCUGUGCAAAGCUCUGGUGCCCGUGUCCAGAUGGGGCUCCUCUGUGACAGCCAAAACCUUUUUAGCUUCCCCAAUAUGGUACAUCGGGGUUCUCUUUCCAAAGAAAUGGCAGCAGUGGUCCGAAGCUGGGGUUGUUUUCUGUUCCCUGUGAUGAACACUCACUUGGCUCCGUGCUGGCUCCAGGUCAUGCCAACGAGAAGAUGCUUUCUUUCCCAUGGAUCCAAGCGGCUGUCAGUCCCAAGAGGACUGCAGUCCCCAGCCUGUCUCUCUCUGAGUUUUCUUAGGAGAGCUCUGGGAAUCUGGGCAUGGAAAUGGGGAGCAGGGAGGACUUUUCAUUUUGCUGAGAAACCCCAAGCUCCUGUGGCCAUGGUGCUGAGGGGGUGAGCAUCUUGCCAGAGAACUUCACAGCAGGGAGGGAGCUGGGACAAAUGCCCACGUAGAUGCCCGUGACUGUGUGCAUUGAGAUAAAACCAUCAGCUUGAACAUCAACCUGUCUAAUAAA